AAUAAAAAGAAAUAGAUGGGCCAAAUUUGGCAGGCCCGAAACUUGAAAUCCAAUUGAGCGCACGUGUGUCUGCGAGAAGAGCGAAACGCAGACGGCGUCCCUGAUGGCAGCGUCGUUCAGGUGGAUAUUACAACUACACAGGGAUGUUCCAAAAGCCGCACGCUUCUACUCCGAAGGCUUGGACUUCACCAUCAACGUCUGCUCUCUCCGGUGGGCCGAACUUCAAUCCGGUUCUCUCAAGCUUGCCCUCAUGCAUUCUUCCCAUGAUCAAGCCACCGCGCAGAAAGAGUACUCCUCCCUUUUGUCAUUUACGGUGACUGACAUGAACAGUACAGUAAGUAAAUUAAUGGCGUUAGGAGCUGAACUCGAUGGGCCCAUCAAAUAUGAGAUCCAUGGAAAGCUAUGCGGUGUAUUGAUGGACAUGUCUUAGGCCUGUAUGAACCUCUCUAAGAUGCAUAGCAGAUUUAGUAUCAAUAAUACCCUCUCUUGUCAUGGUAACAUUUUUUAGCCCGUCGUGAUCUUGGAAAAGAUAGGGUAAAUAUGUGAUACCUUUUGUUUUAUGGAUUCCCUGCAAUAAUUGAUAAUGUUAUCUUGUCGA